UUGUCGUUGUCAUAGGCCUAAUUGCAAAAAUGUUACUAAGUCGGACCACGAAUCAAAUUUGGCUACGUUAAGUUUGUUUACAUGUUUAUAAUUUUAUCUAUUUAAUUAUUCAGUAUCUAUUUCGUUCUAUGUAAUUAUACUUACCAUAGGUUAAUUUAUUACUACAAAGUAUCAGGGAGUAAAAAUGAGUAUCAUUUCCUGCAACAUUUUGUUGAUUUUUUACUUAGGAAUAUCAUUAUUGUCAGGAGUGUUGUGUUCUGAUAUCCAGGGAUUUUAUGAUACCGUGUUGUUUAAAAUUAACUGGCCAGGAAAAGACAGUGCUGACCUUUUGGAGGUUCCUGAUAGUGAAUCUAUGACAAUCGUUACAAGUAGUAAAGAGAAAUAUAAGUGCACAAUACCAACCACUCGAGAUAAGUCAAAAGAAUCUGAAGAAACAUAUGAAGGACCCAAUGCCUUAGAAAUUCUACAGCCUCUUUUUCAACAAUCUUCAUGUACUUAUCGACUGGAGUCGUACUGGACUUACGAGGUGUGCCACGGGAGAUACGUGCGUCAGUAUCACGAGGACAGAGAAGCGACUCGCUCCAAGACGCAGGAGUACUACCUCGGCCGAUGGGACAAGGCGGCUCACCAAAAGCUGAGUCAAGAAUUGGACGCAGGACUACACUAUCCGCCUCCAGUCAAGAAGCUUGAUGGUCUCAGUUUGCCGUACAUCCAGCUGAACCUGACUGACGGCACGAUAUGUGACCUCAACGGUCAGCCUCGUCGCACAAACGUUCUCUACGUCUGCUACACUAUGGGCAAACACGAGAUCUACUCGUUCAAAGAGACGUCGACAUGUCAGUACGAGAUGAUAGUGUUGUCUUCAUUGCUCUGCCAACACCCCAAGUACAAACCUCAAGACACUGGAGAACAUCCUAUUAACUGUUUGCCAGUUGAUGAAGCUCCAAGGAAACCAAGGAACUUGAGGAAAUUUGAGGCUGAGAGCUUAAAAUUGCGUCGCCAGAGACUUUUGGAAGACGAAAGACUCAAGAAGGUGUUUGCGGUUUUCAGCAUAGAUAAAAUCGAAAAGGAUGGAGAGAACCGAGUAAGAUUAGAACUGAGAGCUGUUGAGGAGGACAAAGACGCCCCAACUCCUCCCCCCACCCCCUCUAGUCCAUCACCUGACGUCAUCACAGACACGUCUCCUGUCGAGAACUUCCUGUCUGGCAAAACUUGUCUACAUGGGGGUUCUGGAUGGUGGAAAUUUGAGUUCUGCUACGGCCACAGUGUGGAGCAAUACCAUGUGGAGCAGGAUAACACACGCACAACGGUGAAACUAGGCGUGUUCGAUCGCGAGGCACACAUUGCGUGGCUCACACACAACCCUCACAAGCGACCCAAGCCGCUGCCCGAGCGACGUCAGCUGUCACAUUACUAUGGAGGCGGCAGUCUGUGUGACAAAACUGGACUGCCUAGGGAGACUGAGGUGAAGCUGAAGUGUGUAGAGAAUAGUUCCCCAGGCGCUGUCAGUCUAUACCUCAUUGAGCCUCACACUUGCCAGUACAUCCUGGGAGUAGAGAGUCCUCUAGUGUGUCAAAUGUUGGCCAACGUAGAUGAGUACGGACUACAACAUGAAGUCAGCUCUGCAGAUUUGGACGAUGCAACUGUGUCCGACGAUGACAUCUCCGAACUCCCGCGAGAUGAAUUAUAGUCCUUCCAUGUGUUUGAAUUGUUUUUCUCAAAUUUCAAUGAGAAUAACAACUCAUUACUCAACUGUCGCAUUGAGAAAUUCUUCAAUUAGAUUUGAAUUAAUUACUUAAUGUCAAAUUAUUUUUCUCGGUUAUUUCCCUAACUAUUUUUUGCACGGUUAGGUUAGGUGAGGUUAACAUAGUUUUAUGCAUAAAUUAUUCACUAUUUUUAUCUACUUAAAACACUUUGAUAAGAUGUCAUUGACGUUUGAAUACUUUUGCAAAAGAUUCAAACCAACUUCAAUUCCUACUUAGUUAAUUUUUUUUUUUUUAUUUGAAAAAAUAUGUAAAUGACAGCACUUGAAAAAAAUAUGAAAUUAGGGAUUGAAAUGUUAGAAACUCAUUUUAAGCCAAUUUGGGAAACAAAUGGGAAUUGAACAAAUUUAAAUACUAUUGAAAAUUGAAACAAAUUCUAGUAUAGCCCAAAAUAAACUCUAAUAGGACUAAAUCCAAGGUAUUCUUUCCUAUUUUAUCAGUCUUACAAAAUACUUCUUGGUAAUCAUCAACCUGCUUGCAUUUAAAAGUGAAUUAUGGAACAUUUUUAAAUCAAUUUUCACAUUAUCAGACAGUAUAUCUCGUACCUAGGGCCGAAAAUGAGGUUUUGCUGGCUCGAGAUAGUUUAUAAGGUCAAGACGAAGUCGAGAACUUAUACGAUCGAGAGCUGCAAAACCAUUUUGGUCCGUGGUACAAACCCUAUUUUUCACCACACUAUACCCUAUUACCCACAAUACUAUUCAACACAAUAAUAAUGUACCUACACUAACUAUGUGAAGAAAUAAUUUGAGGAAUCAGCAAAAAUAAUAAUAAACAGUUGCUAGGCAGCGGUGACAAAAAAACAAGUCCAUUGCAAUGCUAUGGAUACAGUUUGUGUAUUUAAUAUACUAAUAAUUAAUUAAUUAAUAUACUAUUUAAUAUAUUAUUGUUUAAAGUAAAUAAGCGAACAGUUGAUUUUACGGCCCUAGGGAUGUAAAAACCUGCUCGGUCCCCAAAAUGAUGAUGACAGCUACCAUGGCCAGCAAAACGUAACUUUCAGCCAUCAAUUAACGUAUGUAUAACAGUUAAAAACAUUACAGUGUGGUGCAAUAGUUAUUUGUGUAACUAGUGAGCAAAGUGACACUUUGCUGCACACUAGAGCAAUGUUUACAAACACUGUCAAACACUAUACAAAACGUUUUUAGGUUCAGCUGGCAACACAAAUAGGUGCCCUAGAGAAAGUAGUCACCGGUCCGUAUCACUCCGCUAUUUUUUCCACGGCAAGCAAUGUGCUCCGCGACUUGAGAAAAUAGUUCCGUAUUUUUUUUUUAAUUUGAAGUGGUUUCCAUGCUUUAAAAAAUGCUUUAAAGGUAUUUUCUUGGUUAUUAAGAUCGUAUGAAUGUUUUAAAAACGUUUAAAAGAAAAGUCCAGAAAGUUCAGAAACACCGAAACUAUAAACACGAAAUGACAGAUUAAAUCGUAGUUAUAAUAGUCAAUCAGCUGCUCAUAGUAUUAUUAUCUUCUAUUUCCAAGCGUACACGGAUUACGUGCAUAAUAGAACCACGCUGUUUUGUAUUGUUUAUUGUUUUGUUGGAAUCCUGAUGUGCGCCAUGUGCAAAGUAUAAACCGCACGACAAAGUAUAAACCGUACGACAGAGCAUAAAUAUGCAGCAAUUAGCAGCUUUCUGUACUAUAAACAGUACAAGGAGGCCAACUUUGUCGGGUGACUGUAGGAAAAAGCCUUUUCCAUCUCUAACCAUUCCAACAUAACAAAAUCACCUGAUCCUUUUCAAAACUGGGGUGAUAAUGAUGUGACAAAAGAAUGUUAAAGUUAUGAAUGACCAAAACCUAAUUUAACUACAACUCGGCUAUAACAUUAAUAUAGCAAUGGGAAGUCUAUCCAAAGACGAAAAAUAUAUGAAACUAUGUAAGAAUUACCUAACCUGUCCAAAUGUAUGCAAUAAUAAAAGAGUUCUCUAGUCUCUUUACUGAAUUUUUACUGAAAAGUUCUAAUUUUUGCAUUUUUCCUCUAUUGGUUUUUUUAGUUGGUUGUUAGAAAAGAAACAAAGAAAGCCCUAUAAGUGACACGCAUGUCUAAUAGAACCCAUCACAUCGCAAUGUAAUUGCAAAUAACAUUGUGAACUUAUGUUUAAAAGAGGCUGAUUCCUCAACAUAGUGAUUGCCUUGCCUUCCUAGUAGUCAGAAGGUAGCUGGUUUUAUCCUGAUAAAAGUCUGUAGCUUUUUGACAGUUUAAAACUGGACCUCCGUUCUGUCACUGGAUCGUAGGGCUUUUAAUACAUCCUUCUCGUAAUGUAAGGAAACAGCUGGCCUUACUCAGUCAUAAAGCUACAAGCAAUAAAAAUCAUCUCUCUCCAUUCUACAGUCUUCUGUCAGUCAUAUUCAGAUUAAAAUAUGCAGCUUUGUGUCCUGCCUCAAUUAUUGGAUUUCAGGGGUUAUUGAACCCACUAGACAUUACACUACCAAACCAAUUCAAAGAUAAUAGCAAUUUAGAAAAAGAUUUACUGUACACCAGAAGUGAAUUAGAAAUGCUGGAGAACAUGUUUCUCUUCUGAAAUGUCAGAAUUACAUUAUACAUUUUUAGCUCUUAGGAUCCAGCUGAAUUUAGCAAGCACUGGAAAACUUCGUAGCAAUGGGACGGGUUCUACUAUGAAUAUAUGUCACAGCGGCUAUUUGUACAAACACUUAUUUUGGACAUUAAAUUACUUAUAAGACUUUAAUAGUUUUUUUAACAACCAACAAUAAAAAGAAUUCAGCCUAUUUCCACAUUAGAAUUAAUCUUCACAAUACUACAAAAUUAUAAAAAUGUUUGUAUGGGUUUUGUGUGUAUUUAUUUUUGAGUGUGUUUUCUGGGAAGUAUUUGUGUUCUAUAUUGAAAAUUGCACAAAAGUUGGCUAUACAUACCAAUUAAAUGUUUUUAACUAUUAUAAUCCUAGCAAUUAUACCUAAUCUGUCACAAAAUUUAGGCAUUUUAGGCAGAAAAAAUCUAUACCCUCCACUUGAUCUUACCUCAUCAAUAGGUAGGACAAUAGCUCAAAAGCUGGGGUUUGCUAAAACGCCCAUCAGCUGCAACAUACACAUUAGGCAAAAAAAUAGCAAGGGAACUUACCCUCAAACUGCCUUAAUUUUGUGAACGGACUAUAGUCAUGUAUAAUUACUGUUACUAUAUUCCUUUUAUAACUUUGUAUUUUAUUUGCUGUGAAGUCUUUGAAAGACUAAUAGUUGUAAGAUAAGACAGGAUAAACCACAAAUUUUUUUAACUAAAAUGGGAUUUCGCUAUUUGGUUAUGUGUUACAGAUAUGAGUAUUUUUAAAUUGAAUGAUUGUGUUUUGUAAAUAAAUCAAUAGUUAUUGUAA